UCCGCGGCAUGUGGGAUCCUCCCGGACCGGGGCACGAACCCGUGUCUCCUGCAUUGGCAGGCGGACUCUCAACCACUGCGCCACCAGGGAAGCCCUAACUUGAAGAUUUUUGUCCAGAGGAGAUGCAAAUGAUUUUAGCCUGGUGGAAAUGAUAACCCCAAAUUUUAUGGCCCAGAGGACAUUAACCCGUUUUGAUUUUAACCCAGUAACUUUAUGCCCAGGUAAAAUUGGGACCUUCCUCAAUGACUAUAACUACUCAGUGCCUCAAAGGCUCUCAUCCUGGUGGGUCUCUGGUUCUUCAGUUAAGUAAACACUUGUCAUGUGAGUGUUUGAAAGCAUGCAGUGGCUCAUCACAGAGUAAGAAGCAGAGUUCUCACAAAAUCUUCUGUUGAGGAACUUUGUGCUUGCUGUAUCCUGUCUGCACCUCUCGCCCCAAGGCCAGAGCCUCGUGUCCUUCAGGCCUUUGCUUGCUUGUCGCCUCCCCUGACCACCCUGCUUAAAAUGCAAAUCCCAAUCCUCAUUUCACUUAUUUUCCCCUCUCAACCCAUACCGCAUUUUUAUUGAUUUGGUCUGCUUGUCUUCUCGCCCCCCGGCAGGUAAGCUGUACCAGGGCAGAGGUUUUUGUCUGUUUCGUUGACUGCUGUAUCAUCAGCACCUAGAACAGUGCCUGGCACACAGAAGGGCCUCAAAUAUGUUGAAUGGAUAGAUGAAUUCGUGAUCCUAGUCUGCCAGUGGACUUGCUGUUUAGAUCUUGCAGAUUCAUCCCUGGCUAUUAGGUAUGGGGUUUGACCUCUUGUUUCAACGUUGUUCUUGAGAAAGGGCCUGAUUUAUAGUUGUUUUCAUUUAAAACAGCUUAUAGUUCUAGUUUAAUUUAGAGGAUGGAAGCUCUCUAAAAGACAAGGUCAAAUUCUGCAAGGACUUUAUGUUUUCAUAUGGCUUCGUAACAGGGGCUUCUUGUUAUGGGCUGAAUUGUGUCCCCCCCGCCCCCAAGAUAUGUUGAAGUCUUAAGCACUGGCACCUCAGAAUAUGACCCCAUUUGGGGUUUUGCAAUGUAAUUAGUUAAGAUGAGGUCGUAUUGGAGAGGGGUGGGCCCUUAAUCCAGUACGACUGGUGUCCUUGUAAGAAGGAAAUUUGGAUACAGACAGACACAGAGGAGAGGGCCGUGUGAAGACGGAGACGGAGACGGGAGUGAUGCCGCCACAAGUCAAGGAUGUCCUGCAGCUACCAGAACCGGAAGAGGCAAGGAAGGAUCCGCCCCAGGAGGCUUUGGAGGGAGCAUGGCCCUGCCGACAUCUGGAUUUCAGACUUUUAGUGUCCAGAACGGAAGCCAGACAACCAGGAUGAGGUCAUUCAUCUCAUGUCAUAAAACACGUUCUAAGGUCAUCCUGGAUAGUGUGGACGCGGUGGCUACCUCUGUGACGAGGAAGCAGACAGCCGGGCAGAACCACGGCCGGGAACUUUGGGUGCCACCCUCUGAGGAGGAAGAAGGACGGAAGCAGAUGCUGUGGCUUCAGAUUCGAGCCAGCAGGAGGCCUAAGACGGGGCUGGAAGGCGGAAUGAGGCAGGCAGAGAUCACGGGGAAGACAGGACACAAGGCUGCUGGAGGCCAAGGAGCCCUCCUGAAGCACCGAGCAGGGGGCCACGUGACUGAAGCACCGAGCAGGGGGCCACACGUGACUGAAGCACCGAGCAGGGGGCCACACGUGACUGAAGCACCGAGCAGGGGGCCACACGUGACUGAAGCACCGAGCAGGGGGCCACGUGACUGA